AUGAAAACUUUUACAGGGACUUAGCGCUAGUCUCAAAAUUUAGAUAAAUUAACCAUGAUGCAAUUCAAGGCCACAACAGAUUUACAUAGUUAACUAGUCAAAGAGCGAAAAAAAAUAGAUUCAACUCGUGUUUUUGUGAAUACUGGUAAAGAAUUGUUAAAGUAAGCACGAAUUGAAAAGAUGAAUGAAAAACUCAACCCAAUUAAAGAUAUGACAAUUGAAAGCGAAGUUAUUGCUCUCUCUAAUUUCUCUAAACCAUUUACACAUCCUAGAACUUAGGAAAUGAUUUAAAAAUAGCGUGAAUCUAGGCGUGAUAGACAUAUAAAAACUUUAAAUGAUUUUGAAAAGUGGACAGAAUCUCUUUCAAACGAUGUUGUUGACAGUUACACUGAAAUCAAGCAUGAUAUUGAAGAUUAUUUUAUCUAGCAUGAUAAGGAAUUGAACGCAUAUUUCGAUAAAUUUUCAGAUCAAGAACUGCUUAAAAGGGAAAAAGAUUUGUUAGAUGAAAUUAACCAAAUAGUUGUGGAAUGUGGAAUUAAAAAGGAAAACAAAGUAGAUAAUCUCGAUAACCGUCUUGAAGAUUUAGAAAAAGAAAGGGAAAAGAAUUUAAAAUUCUUUUGUGAUAAAUUAGAAUUUACACUUAUCGAUAUUGCUUUUGAGUUAGAACCUCAGGUUAAAGUUUUAGUGGAUAUUAAAAGGAAAGAGUUUGAAUAAAUUGUUGCAUAAAAAAGAAUAGAAAAUGAUGAUUAUAUUGCUAAAAUAAAAUAACAAUAAAAGGAAUCCUUUGAAGCUUUUGUUUAAAGAUAAAAUUAAGUCGAUAAAAGAUGGAGAAAACUUAAACAUGAUGCUGCUUUUGAAGAAUUUAUGGUGGAUAUUAAAAAGAUGGAAUAUGUAAAUCCUGAUAAAAGAAUUCAAUUAUACGAAGAACUCAAGAGACAGCAUGUUACUAUUUAUAACAAAAGAAACAGCUUUAUUUAAAAGUUGGAUAAACUUGAUAUCUUAAAUAUUAGCAAGGCUUAUGUAGAAAAAUGGAUAGAAGAUACUAAGAAUUUCCACGAGCAAGCUUAGGAAAUAUUAGAUGCAAGAUUUGAAGCUUUAAUAAAAGAAAGUGAAGAAGCAAAAUAACACUCUAUUGAUAGAAUAAAUUAAUUACAUGAUCGACUAGAGUAUGUAGGGCAUUUAAAUACAUAAGAUCUAAGUAGCUUAAUUGAACUUGAGUGUAUUUCAAUAUCUAAUAAACUUUACGAAGAUAGCAGAGAUCUUCUUACUAAGGCCAUAAAAUUUGUUGAAGAAAGUGAUUUUAAAUAGAAUGAGUUAGUCAAUAAUAUAGGCAAGUUCUUUAAGAAUAUAGGAGAAAAAAAUGAUGAAAAUAAAAAAAAUUACACUAAAAUGAAUUUUGAAUAUGAAUUAAAAAAGGCAAAUAUUGCUGAUGAAAAUGAUGAAAAACUCAUUCAGCUAAAUGAUGAAUUUGAAAAAAUUAAAGUAGAAAUGAAGAUGGCUCUACACCAUCCAAAAUUAAAUGAAGUAUUAGAUACUUGUUUCAAGAAAAUUGAUGAAAUAGAAAAUGAAUACAGAGAUUUCCAUGAUAAAAACUAAUCUCUAGCAAAAGAGCAUCCAACAUUUAUUUUAAACCUUUAUGCUGGCUUUGAAAAAGCUGUUGCUCAAUUCUUUGAGCUACACGAUGUUUCCAAAAAGUAAGAAUUAGAACAAAGAAACUUAAAAAGAGCUACAGAAAAGGCUUAAAAACUAAUUGAAAGAGAAGAUAAGAUGAAAGAAAUAGAGGAAUAUAAAGCUGCCUAAGAAGCUGCUGCUGCCAAAAAAGGAGGUGCUCCUCCUAAAAAGCCUCCUCCUAAAAAAGCAGGAGACCCUAAAAAGGCAGCUGCAGAAGCUGAGCAAAGACUAAAGACUGCAAUAGAAUAAAUAGGUAUAGAGCAAGUUGAAUAAUUUACAUCUUCUGUUACCUAAAACUAGUAUGUAGUUGCUUACUCAGUCGAAGAAAUAGCUAAAAGAUUUUAUGAGAUUUAAGAAGAGGAGAAAAAAGAAGAAGUAGCUGAAGCUCCUUAGUAAUAAGAAUUAAAACCACCUGAGCCUGUACCUGCUGCAGCUACAGGAAAUAAAAAAGACGAUAAAAAAGCAUAGCAACCUGCUCCUGCUGCUAAAAACGCUAAGGUACCAGAAUAAGUUAGUACAUUUGAAAUACCUGUUUUAGAAGAAGAAAAACCUAUUAUUCCUGUUGAUUUUAAAGCAGAUCCUCCUGUAGAUCCUGAAGGAAGAAUAAUUUUGGAAAAAAAUGUUGUUGUAGAGUUAAACUUCAUGGUAAAUUUGAUCGAAAAUUGUAAGAGAAAAUUAUUUGACUACAUCUCUAAAUUAUAAAAUGAUGUUAUUGAUUCGGCUAAAAGCAAUGAUAAGGACUUUAUCGAAAAUUCAAUUUUAAUCUUGGAUGAAAGACUUAAAGCCCACUACCCAUUGAAAGGAAAGAUGGAAGUUGAAAUAUAUUAGAUUAGAUCUGCAUAAAUAACAGUACACAAAAAACGAUACGAAAGGCAUGCUAGGACAACUAUAGAGAAAGUCGAUUUGCAGACAGAACAUUUUAAUUUCCUGAUGGAAUAAGCAUUUGAGGAUCUUUAAGAACACGAAGUUGAGUAAAAGAAUUAUAAAGAAUCUCUUUCUUCAGCUACUACAUUGGCAAAGCUGUAAGGAAUAUAAAAUCAUGUGAAGGAAAACGCUUUUAAGUUUGGAGAAAAAAUUAGAGAUCUUGAAGAAAAGUUAACUGUUUUAGGAAACGCAGAAGUUGAAUUCUUGCUAUAGAAGAAUAGGGCUUUUAUAAAAGAAAGUAAACUAUUUGAAGAUGGUGGAGAAUAUUCUAAGGACGAGGUUUAAUGGUAUGAAGGAAUGAUGAAAGAAAUAGAUGACUAGCUUAACAGUUAAAAACAAAAAAGAAAUAUUAGCAUUGCAGAAAUACUCAAACACCUUAACUAAAAGAAAACAGAGUUACUAGAAGCCUUUGAAAAAUAAUAUGUAAUAGCAAUUGAAGAAUUGGCAGCUAAAGAUGGUACUGGCAAAAAGUAUGGCAGACCUCGUAGAUAUGUAUAAGAAAGAAUGAGGACAGAAAUGACUAAAUGUGAAAAGGCUUAGGAUGCAGUUAAUGAAUUGCUAGCUUAAUUAAGAAAUAUGUAUACAGAGUACAAAGAUAAUAUUAAAAAUGUAUAAUAUCACUUAGAUGAAGCUAAAAAGUAAAAUUCUAAAGACUUAUUUGCAAUGAGGGUAAGAUAAACCUUAAUGACUCUGAGAACAUGCAUAGGAAGGUACGCUACUCAUUUAGAUGCACUUAAGCCAGAUUCUUAAGUACAAGAAAUGCCAAGAGUAACUUAUAUUGAAAAAAAAUUUGAUUGUGUUUUGGAUCCUACUGAGUAAGAAUAAGAUUUAAUAUGGAAAGAAGCUGAACUUGAAUUCAUAGGACCUCUUUUCUUUUAAAAAGAGCCUCACAAAUUUAUGGAUUGGGUUACAGAAAUAGAAAAGAAUACCAUUUUGGAAGCUCAGAAGAUAUAUGUAGGAGACAAAAGUAAGUUCCUAACUGGAGCAGAUAAAUGCCCAGACUACCUAAGGAAUUAUAUCUAAAACAAUCGUAAGAAUGCAGAAGAAUUUAGAAUUUCAUCUUGCAGAAAUCUAAGAAAUUCAUGCGAAGAAUUAUCCUAACUAUCAACAAAUAUUUCUGAAAUGAUAAUUCAAUCUAUGAAUGCUAGAUACAGUUUUAACUUAAAUUUGAAAGAUGAUAUUUAAAUGAAGGAGUUUGCAUAGCUGUAAAAUAUGCACUAAGAAAAAAAAUAAUAGCAUCUCUAACAGCUUCGCCCUAAUCUUUCAAAUCCAUAAUGCAAACCAGAAUUAAUAGAUUUGGUUAAAAGAGAAAAAGAAAGAAUCACUAACUACUUUUAAUCAUGCAAACAAUUUAAAGAGAGUUUACUUGAUUUAAGAUUUGUAGAAUCAAAUGAAUUCUUUAAGAGUCUUCUAAACCACUUUGAAUUUUUGCUCACUUACUAUGAUUCUGAAGUUCUUUUUGAAGAUUUCAAGAAACUGCCAGGAGAUGAUGAUAUCCAAAAGAAACAUGAAAAUAUUAAAGUGCUUUUAAGAAUGAAACAAAAAGGUACAGUAAUUGAUACAAGCAGUGAAAGAUCAUUAUCAAAAGUAUGGGAUGGUAUACUCUUAACAACUUUCUGUUUUGAUGAUAAAAAAAUAGAGUAUAAACUUACUACUAUUUAAGAAGAUGAUAAGGCUAAAGGAGGAGCCAAAAAAGAUGCUAAAAAGGCACCUCCUGCAAAAGCUCCUCCUGCUCCAGCUAAAGGAGGUAAACCUAACGAUAAAUAACAAGAAGUAUUAGAGGAGAAUCCUAAUUUAACAAAAGCAAUAAAAUCUUUUAAAACCUAUAGAUAAAAGAGUGCUAAUUCUUGGAAAAAAUAAAUUUUAGAAGAUUUCAAAAAAUCUUUCGAGGGUAGAGUUUAACAAAUAAAAACUUUCUUCGAAAAGUAAGAGAUGGAUGAGUAUAAAUUCGAAUUUAAAUGGGAAUAAAAUGUUAGCUCAUUAAAUAACUUAUGA